CUGAUUGCAGGGAUAAUCUUCGGCGGUGUUGUGCCAUAUAUUCCUCAAUACAAGCAAAUCAAAGACACGGAUAGCGCCGACGGCUUCUCUACUUACGUGUGUUUGGCUCUACUCUUAGCCAAUAUUCUUCGCAUUCUCUUCUGGUUUGGCCGUCAGUUCGAGACACCACUUCUUCUUCAGUCAAUUGUCAUGAAUUUGGCGAUGAUUUUAAUGAUAGAGCUGUGCGUUCGGGUGAACCAUAAGAACCUAUUGAUUCCCAGUAAAAACAGAUUCUUCAUCGGUAUUUGUCAUUCACUUAUUAUUUUGAAUUUUAGAGUCUGAGUUCACAUCCCAUUAAUAACCACUUAACUAAUGAUAAGAAUUGCAUGAAUUCAGUGAACAAUUACAUGUUAGAUAAAACGGGUUCUGUUUAUUUCAUUGAUUUAAAGAGUAGUGGUAGUGGUUGUGGAAAUACUUGUGAUUUGAAGCCAAAAAAGUUUUUUGAUCUCGAUUACUGCUAUUUCUGGCAAUGGACUGAUUUUAUCAGUUAUAUUGAAUGUUUGGCCACUUUUACAGUUUUUUGUGGAGUUUUAAUGUAUCUAUUGAUUGACGUCUCAAUAUUUGUCGAAACGGUAGGCUUUCUAUCGGUUUUCAUUGAAGCCCUGUUAGGAUCUCCACAACUCAUUAAGAACUAUCAAAAUAAAUCGACUCUUGGAAUGAGUAAACUUAUGGUCUUUUUGUGGACUUUUGGCGAUGUCUUCAAAACGACAUAUUUUUUGGUGAGAAGAGCUCCGAUUCAGUUCUGGAUAUGCGGUCUCUUACAGGUGUCCAUAGAUUUGUUUAUUUUCGGACAAAUCUUAUAUUAUAGAAAACCUUACAAAAAAGUGUCAAAGGCUUACAUUCAUUGAGAUUAACAUUUGACUUAAGAUUUAACAAUUUUUACAAUCAUUUUAUUUUGUUAUAAAAAUAAGAAAUUACUUUUAUUAUAUACAGAGUGUAAUUCACAUUUCUAGUCUAUUUUUAAUUGUUACAAAUAUUCAAGUC